GCCGGCCGAUCUUCCGCGACGACGAGCGGCACCCAGCCCAAGCCAAAGGUGGCUUGCCUUACUUCUACCGAGGCUGCAACACCAAACGAGGGUGAAGUGUUGGCAGCUGCCCGGGAUGGUGCCGGCCGCGCAACAACCACGGCCGCGACAAGACGAAGACUCAGUCCACCUCUACACCGAGCAACGGAUCAGCCGCCGACGAACCUUGGGCACAAUACGGACUCUCGGUGAAUUCUUAUCGCACGAGACUCAAGUACCGUUACAGCCUUUGAUGCAACAACACCAUCCACGAUGCUGCACAUUGCCCCACCAAGGGGAAACCCCGUCAGGGAAAAUAGGCGCCGCCGAGGGUGACUCGACACCUCCCUCGACGCCAUCGAAAGCGGUUGUGCGCACGACCGCCCUUUCUUCCGAGGCAUAUGCGGAUGUCGGGAGUCUUCCACUUUUGUUCGAAGACUUCGCUGCCCGGCUCGUUCCUUCACUGGAUGCUUCUCAAGGACAAGAUACAUGUGCGGCUUUCUCACCGUCCGAAGGUUCUUCCACCAGUUCGUCUUCAUCAAGGGAUUCGGCAAGCAUGUUCAACGAGGAGGCUUUGGACCCGCUCACGCCCGAGGACUUCGCUUGGAUUCCUCUCCCUACGACGGGCAACCUUCCGGGGCCGCAAAGCGCAGCCCUAUGCUCCCUCUUACACCAGUAUCUUUCCUUCCAUGCACCACCAACUUCGCCAACGGUAGACGAAGUCGCGGUGGGGGACAUGCUUGGAUACGUUGCCAAGGUGGCCCGCGAGUUUGUCUCGCAACGGUACGAAGAAAACAACGCACCGUUGCUCUACGUUCGCAWUCAGAUUGGGCAAGCGGCCUGCAACGCUUUGCUAGAUUGCGGCGCAACUCGCAACUUUAUCAGCCAGUCCUUCAUGACUCGGGCUGGCCUUGGCGCACAAGUACGGAGAAAGUCACAUCCGACGACGGUCGCUCUUGCCGACGGAAAGACGAAACAACUUUUAGACCGUUACAUCUCGGUUGUCCCGGUGUAUUUUGCACCGCACGCAUAUGAACCCGUCACUUUUGACGUGUUGGACACCGACUUCGAUGUCAUUUUGGGGAUGCCUUGGCUUUCUAGCGCGCACCACACGGUCAAUUUCCAUCGACGCACGCUCACGAUUCGUGAUGCAACUGGCGCCGAGGUCCCGUGUACUAUUCCUCCUCCUCGCUCUUCCAUUAGGUGCCAAGUCGUGAGUGCCAAAUCUUUUCGAGACACAUGCCGUUCCGAGCAUGUCGAAGAAAUUGGCAUCGCUUUGCUUCGAACCGUCCCGACGACCGAUUCAUCGUUCAGAGAAGUGUCUUCCGACCCCCGUGUGACCCGGUUGUUAGACGAGUUCUCGGAUGUUUUUGAGACACCCUCCGGUCUAGUGCCGGACCGGCCAAUCUCUCACGAGAUCAUACUUGAGGCCGGAGCCGUGCCACCGAAAGGAUGCAUUUAUCGCAUGUCUGAGAAGGAGCUCAUGGUUCUCCGUGCGCAACUCGACGAUCUACUCGACAAGGGUUGGAUCCGCCCUAGCAGCUCACCUUACGAUGCGCCCAAUCUCUUCGUUCGUAAGAAGAAUAAGGACCUUCGACUUUGCAUCAACUAUCGACGCCUCAACGCGCAAACCAUCAAGAACGCGGGGCCUCUACCUCGCAUUGACGAUUUGCUUGAGCGGUUGGGCGGCGCCAAGUACUUUUCGAAGUUGGACCUCAAGUCGGGCUACCAUCAGAUUUCCAUCCGCCCGCAACAUCGGUACAAAACCGCAUUUAAGACACGAUAUGGGCAUUUUGAGUGAGUAGUUAUGCCUUUUGGCCUCACCAAUGCCCCGGCCACCUUUCAGGCGGCCAUGACCACC